AUGGUGAUGCUUCGGGUCACUGGCUUGGACGGCAAAGUUCUGUGUGGUCCAGAAGAUGUUUCUGGAAGAGUUUCAGACUUGAAAAGUCGCCUCAUCACCCAGUCGCCGCUGGAUUCGAUGACGGUUUGCUUGAUACAUGAUCGCGAGGAGUUGGCCUCUGAUUCUCUCGUAGAGCUGAUCGCCUCGCGGGUGGGUGACCCUCCGGUCCUCGAGCUUACGGCCAUUUGGAAGCCCAGCAUGCGGAUGCAGCUCGCACAGCUGACGAAGGCCGCCCGUGAGAGCGCCAGCGAGAAGGAGGCCAAACGCCCCCGAAGCUCCGAAAAUGAGCAGAAGGAGCAGAAGGAGAGCGACAUCCGGGAGUAUCGGAACGCCUUCGAAGAUUUACUCCAGCAACUGGGUGAAGAAGGCUUGCAGAAAUGCCGGAUGCAAGCCAGGAAAGGCGAGGACGAGAUUGUCUUUAACUUUGGAAAUGGCCUUCAAUUCUAUGCCCUCGGUGCCAAAUUGUACUUCAAAUUCCGUCGUGAUCUUCGCACCGACCCGGUUUUACGAGGCUGGUAUUUAACGAUGGUAAAGCCGGAGGCACUGGAGUGUCCGGACCAUUUGGAGAUGAAUGCGCACGCUGAACCAAUGGCCCGGUCCAUGCGGGAGCUCCGGGAUGCUUUGGUCGAGCAUUUUCGUGGCAUGGACCUGGUGGCGUGGUGCCAUUCUCACAUCAUCGAUAGCCUAACCAUCUCCUGGAAGACCGAUGAAGCGAAAUGA